AUGGUAAGACCAAGAAGGCCAACUAAUGAGCCCGAGGAUGAGUUACCGAGAGGUGAUGGGAAUUACGCCAUGGCAAGGGCGUUAAAUAGGAUGACGGAGUUCCUCCAACAGAAUUUUCGACCACCACAAGGAGAUCAGUAUAGAGCGGUCUUUGUUGUGACUCUCGAAGAUGGGGAUUACGAGGCUCUAGAGACUCACGAUGUCAAGGUGAUUACUGGUAGAGUUCGUCUGUAUGAUUUUUAUGCUUGUACCUUGUUUGACUUUGGGGCGUUUCAAUCUUUUGUGUCCGCCACUUUUGCAUGGAUGUGCAAUCUAGUCACAGAGCCUUUAUCACAAUCCAUGGUAGUGACUCUUCGAAAUGGUGAGAUUGUAUGGUGCUCCAAAGUUACUUUAGGCUGUCUUUUGGAUUUUGGUGGGAGGACACUUGAGGCAAAUUUAAUUGUAUUCAAGUUGCUUGGAAGUCGAGUAAUUGGCUUUCAACUUUCGGAUGGAGACUAUUUGGAAUUCAUGGAAAGCAAGUUGAAAGCAAGACCAACAACUAUAUCUGCAAUUCAAGCAAAGAGAGACAUAGCUUGUGGAGCAGAUGCCUUUUUAGUUCAAGUGGUGUCUACGCCAUCUGAGAAGAAGUCUUUAGUGGAUAUUCCAGUUGCAGAAGAAUUCCCUGAUGUGUUCGUGGAUGAGUUGUCCGGAUUGCCUCCAGUUCGCGAAAUGGAAUUGGUUAUCGAUUUGGAACCUAGAGCGGCUCCUGUGCAUAAGGCUCCCUACUGUAUGGCACCGGCUGAGUUAAAAGAGUUGAAAACUCAAUUGCAAGAACUGGUUGAUAAAAGAUUUAUUCAGCCUAGUACUCUGCCUUAG